CCAGUUGCUGCUUUAGCAUCUUGGCCGGUUCGCACAUGGGGAAUGUGGACGCACAGAUGCCUAGAAUUGUAAUAUUUCAAGCUACUCUCAAUAGCUUCGUUUAAAUGUUUUUAACGACCAUGCUGCGCCGCGAUGUAUUGCGGCUUUACAAGCAGCUGCUGCGAACCGGGAGGACAUGGGCCGCCGAAAACCCAGAGAAAACGCUGGAGGAACAGUUCUACAUAAUUUCCGAAACCAAGGACAUCUUUAAGAAGAACAAGAAUAUACAAGAUCCUCAGGCGAUCAAGGAGUGCUUGAGAGAAGGGCAGUCUAGGUUAGACUUGGCAUUGCACUACCACAACCCGUACCCCAGGCCCGUUAACCUGGCAGCGAGUGCAUUGUCGCCGAGCCACGCCAAACAUCUCAAGGCCCAACAAAAACUGUGGAAGGCAUCAAGACCCAUCUACAUUCGAUCCAUCGAUUCUGACAGCGCUCCACACGACAAGAAGUAGCUCUGUCGUGGUGCAUCGCAUAGAUGGCAAGUCCGUAAUUACGGCACUCUUUUUUUAAUCCUUAAUUUAUUAAGCAAAUAAAAACGUACACAUUGAGAAAUCGUACAAAUGAAAUACUGGAAUCUACAUUUAAAACACAUCUUAGUGAAUGUAUGUGCCGACUCAAGUUUGAUUCACUAUGAAAAUUGUUACUACGUGCAAACAAAUAAUGCAAAGGCACUGAUGUAUGAAUGUUGUAGUAUCUGUAUUUGUCUAUUCCGUGCUAUUGUCAUUAUCUACCUUGCGAAUACUUUCUUGUCCUUUUUUGUUAGCACCUUGUAUAUUAGCACUUAGGUGUCCUUUCUGCACAUUUGAAUCAAUAAACACGUUCCUCCACGAAAUACAAUUUAAAAA